ACUUCUCGAGUUUGCCCUUGAAUUCGAAGGUAAGCAACUGGAAAGCUACUGGGCAGAAUCGUCAUUGCCUUUGGAAAACCCUAGGAUAGAAUAAUGUUUGUUGGUGAUGAUUCCUUUGUGCUUUACUGAUUUAAAAUGCAUUAACAUUGUGAUUAUAAUAGUAAUUGUGAUUAAAAUAGUAUUUGAAUGUGUUUUCCUUGUAACAGAUGGUGAGUUCAAUGGAAGAGAAUGACCCAAAUGAGGUAGUGAAUUCUGCUGAUUACCUAUCAGCAGACGAAGGAACAGUUGCUGCUUCUGUGGCUCGACCAAUGAUCCAUGUUUACGACUCCGAUGAUGCUGACACAUCCGACGAUGAGUACCAUGAGGCAAGGAACAACCUUCGGGCAUAUGGAGAAAUGCGGAAGAGAAAGGUGAGAAUGAGGGCUGAUGGUCAUGGGGAGGAGGUGGAGCAGUUGGACAAGUUUGAAGAGGUGGAAUCUGAUGAGGAAGAGGUUGAAGAAGCUGGGGUUGACAACCUUGAUGUGAAUGAAGAGGAAAUAGAAGAUUCUGAAACUGAGGAAAUGUCACCAACUGAGCAAGCACGUAAGCAGACAAGUAAUCAUUCGAGCUACAGACUUUCCGAGGAGUCUGACCACGUGCGAGGUAACAUAUCUGAUGAGGCUAGUGCUGAUGUGUUCGACAACGCACCACACUACGAUCCUCAUUGUGAGGGUAAGUUCGAGUUUGUGGCUCGCAUGAGAUUCAAGGAUCCUGACCAGUUUAAGACUGCGGUGGUGAAGCAUUCUGUAGCAAAUGGGGCAGGUUUGAGGUGGACAAGGGUUAACCCUACGAGGAGGGAAGUGAAGUGUAAGAACGAGAGCUGUAAAUGGAAGGUGUAUGCAAGCUGGUUUAGGAAGAACCAGACUUUUAUGGUAAGAAAGGUAGGGCUGCCACAUUCAUGUUCAAGACAGCUUCGGGUGAAUCAAGUUACGGCGAAGUGGAUUGCGAUGGACAUGCUAGAGAGGUUCAGGAUCAAUCCUGAAUGGGCCCCAGAGCAGAUCAUGGCUGAAGUGAAACUGAAGCACAAUAUCGAAGUUAAAAGAAGGACAUGUUACAGGGCAAAAGUGGUAGCCAUUCGACUCCUUAGUGGCUCUUUGAAAGAUGAGUACACGAGGCUACGGUCAUACUUGGGUGAGCUGAAGAAACGAGACAGGUUAGGCCGGUUCGAGCUAGAGGUUGAACCGCAUCCCACACAAGAAAAGGUCUACUUUCAAAGGAUGUUUGUAAUGUUCUCAAACAUCCGAGACGGUUUUCUUCUCGCUUGCCGGCCAAUUAUCGGUUUAGACGGUUGUUUCUUGAAGGGGGAGGUAAAGGGCAUGAUUCUUGCAGCGGUUGGGAAGGAUGGAAAUAAUCAGAUGUUCCCAAUCGCAUGGGCAGUCGUGGAGGGAGAGAAUGCAAACUCUUGGAGGUGGUUUGUCAACAUUCUCUCUCAAGAGCUGGCUUUAACAGAUGGUAGGGGCUGGACAAUCAUAUCGGACCAACAAAAGGGUCUGAUUGAAGCUACCCAUGAGUUGUUACCCGAUGCAGAACAUCGCAAGUGUGCCCGCCAUGUUUAUGCGAAUUGGAAGGCAAAGAACAAAACUGACCGGGUUCGUGAGCUGUUCUGGAAGGCAGUUUAUGCUUGCAAUGAGAAUGAUUGGAAGAAGGCCACCAAGGAAAUGGAGACAAUUGAAGGUACCGAACUUGGAUCCACACCCUUUACUGAUUUCAUGGCUGCCGAACCCCGUUCCUUUUGCCGAGCAUUCAUGUCGACAAUGUCACAGUGUGAUAGUGUUGAAAGCAAUAUCUGUGAGACGUUUAAUGGGACAAUUGUGAAGUAUAGGGGCUUGAGAAUAAUCGACAUGCUAGAGGGUAUUAGGUGUUACAUGAUGGAUAGGUUCGUAAUUAAGUAUAACAUGUUGAUGGACAGCCCGGAUAUGCUGUGCCCUAGAAUUAGGAAGAGGGUUGAGAAAGUAAAGGAAUUGGCUAGGUUGUGCAUUGCUAGGCAGACAUUGGCGGAUAAGUGUGAAGUGAAGAUGGGUGAGAAUGGCUACAUAGUGGACCUAAAUGAUAGGAGCUGUACAUGUGGAUACUGGCAAUUGAGUGGGCUGCCUUGUUGCCAUGCUGUCUCGGCAAUUUCACAUAUGAGGAAGGAGGUGGACGAUUAUGUACAUCCUUGUUACAAGGCCUACCAUGUCGAGUUAGGCUACAAGAUUGGCAUCCCUUGCUUAGAUGGUAGGCAGGCUUGGCCAGAUGCUAUUGGUCUUCCAGUUCAUCCUCCGAAGCAAAGACCCAUGCCGGGAAGGCCUAAGAAGAAGCGACGAAGGGCUGCUCACGAGUUGGAAACGAGACCUCAGCGUAAUGGGGUUGGCGAGGAGGUAACUAGAAGGGGGAGUAUCAUACAUUGCAAGAAAUGUGGUGCUGAGGGGCAUAACUCGAGGGGCUGUAAAGCUACAGCAGCUGAGAUUCAGGCUAACACUCGGAAUGAAGCAAGAAGUGCUCGAACAGCACCAAGAAGGGCUACUCGUGGAGGAAACAAUACUGCUGGCCCUACUGUUCCAGCUGAAAACAGUGCUGCUGCCCCAACUGUCCCCGACACAAGGAGGAAGCGAGUUCUUCAUUGCUCUAAGUGUCAAUCAGCGACCCAUAAUGCGAGAACCUGCCCCCUCAAUCGAGGAAAUGGAAUACAGGAUGUUGUGUUGAAUGUGGGAGAUCGAAGGACGAUUGAGCGUGAGAUGCGAAUUGCCACAAGAGGGAUAGGGGUGUAUGUAAGUGAGGCAACUGGGAACCAAUACGUGAGGUUGAAUGGAUCACGGGGUCGUCCUGCUGGAGGUACUCAGCCAACUGAGAUGGAUGCUCAAGGAAGCCAGCCGCCUCCGACACAACCUUAGAUGCCAAAGUCACCAUGAGUCACAUUUUUGGAAACAAUGCGUGUUAUGGAUGCACUCGGUGGAACUUUUUUUGUUAUGUGACUCAUGGUCUAUGUCCACCUUGUCCACCUUUCGGAUUAGUUUUAGUAGCUGGAUGUUAGGAUGACAAACUGUGGAUGUAAUGGAAUUUCUGAAUGUUAGUAGAUGGAUGUUAGGAUGGAAAACAAUGGAUGUAAUUUAUGGUAUCUCCUUUGGUUGUUAAGUCCUGCCUUGUUAAACAGAUGCAUCAGGUUAUGAAUGUUAAGGUUUGCCAAUUCAAUACAUAACACUAACACUAAACAGUCAUGCCAAAUUCAGAACACUAUCUUGCCAAUUCAAUUCAUAAACACUGCAUAGCUUGCGAGAAACACAUUACUUGUCAUAACAAUACAUAACACUAACUUAGAACAAAUCUUCCUAAAUCAUACUGCUGCGAUUGGCCAACACUACGGCAAGUAACGCUACAUUCAAAAAAAUAACAACGGCGAACAUAUGUCGAAUGACACGAACAUCAUUGUUAACCUUCCUCAGCUCUUGGACGACAAUUUUUCUCUCCUUCUUCCUUCUCUCUGCCUUAGCCUCAGCCAACCGUAAAUUCUCUUGUAGAUUAAGAAUUGUACUGUCUAUGCCAGAGUUCGAGGCAUCGCCUUCAUCCACCGCCCCAUCCACCCACCUAAAAAAAUUGCAGUUCUUUUUUGGUACCUGCAUCAACAGAGUGUAUGGUCACAACUCUCAAACAUACACAACUGGAAAAUGAAGAUUCUGCCAACCUCCUUUACCAUCCAAAACUUGCAUACGUAGAAUCUCCUUCCUGAGUUGGACUCAGUACCAGCUCUAUUAGUCACAGCAGGAAGAUUGUGGUAGCAACAGACUACCCCAAUGCUGUUCUCGCUUCUGGAAGAUGAUCCACCCCGGUGAGACAUGACGUAGGAGAAGGGGUCUUCGCCGAUCUGCGGCGGUCGUGGAUGGCGAGAAACAGUGAAGACGAGGAAGGGGUCGUCGCGGGGGCCGUCGUUAGCGAAAGGAAAGGGAGGCGGCGGGGUGGUCUUCGUUCGAGGCUGGGUCGACGCAAAAGGAAAGGGAGGCGGCGGGGUGGUCUUCGUUCGAUGCUGGGUCGACGUUCGAGUGCGAGUGCGGCGGAAAGGGGGAAGUCGUCGACUCGAGUGCGGCGGAGCGGGGGAAGUCGUCCACGAGUGCGGCGGAGCGGGGAAAGUCGUCCACGAGUGCUGCUUCAAUCGGCGGAAAGGAGGUUCGUCGAGAAGAGCAGAAACCCUAAAUGGGUUUGAAUUGGGGAAAUGAAACAAAUAACACAUUUUUUUUUUACCCAUUAAGGAUGACGUGGCAUCCCACAUGUCAAUAGAUGCUGAGGUGGGAAGGAAACACAAGGUGAGGUGGCAGCCACAUCAUCUGUCCGUUAAAUAGACUAACGGUGUCAUUGACGCCGUCAAACUAUUUAACGGAAAUGGCUAUAUUUGUCAUCUGACUUUCAAAAUCCUGGCUAUUUCUGGUAUUUCGCCAAAAGUGGCUAUAUUUGUCACAACCGUCAAAGUUUUGGCUAUGCAAGUGAAUUUGGCCAACUAUUUAAGCUGAAAGCUGUGAUUCUACGAACUUGUGAGUUUUUGCUUCUUGUUUGUAAGUGUUAAGUAAGUUAUUAAUCAUUUAAACUAAAAGAAAAAAAUAUUAUAAAACAUAAUUUAAUACAACGACUAGUUUUGCUUACAUCGCCUGAAUACAUUAGGUAUUUAACGAGACUCCAAAAUUCGCCAUACGCCUAGUGCCCUUCUUAACCUUACUUACGUGUAGUAAAUGAACCUUAAAAAUUAUU